AUGACAGACAGCGCCGAAAACCCUCUGCUCUCGUCAAAGCCCUCAGACACUGGCCUCUUCGUCUCCCUCCAUCCUCUUGUACUCCUAACAGUCUCCGACCAUGUUACCAGACAAUCAGUAAGGAGACAAAAGGGCCCAAUCGCGGGCGCGCUUCUUGGACAGCAGAAGGGCCGAGAGAUAACCGCAGAAUAUGCCUUUCCCGCGAAUCUGGUACAGAACGCUGAAGGGCAAUGGCUUUUCAACGCAGCUUGGAUGGAGGAGCGAGUUCAACAAUACCGAGAUGUUCACAAGGCUCCUGCGCUGGACUUUGUUGGCUGGUACACUCUAUUCCCUGAAUUUGGUCCCUCACCUGCCAUUGUUGCAUUGCAACGACAAGCCAUUACUUUCUUGAACGACAGUGCCAUAUUACUAGCACUACACCCCGAAGCCAUCGCUCAAGCUAGCACGGUCAAUGCCCGCCUCCCUGUAUCCAUCUACGAAGGUCUAGAUGAAGUUGAGCAUCAAAAGGAUGAAGCCUCCAUGCAGGUUGACGGCGAAGAGUCAGCCUUGUCUGAGAUCAAAUUCCGUUCAGUCCCCUACACAAUUGAAACCGACGAGACCGAGAUGAUCGCAAUUGACUAUGUCGCCAAAGGGGCAGGAAGUGCCGCAGCCGUUGCAGACACCAUCUCAGAUACUACUGCUGAAGUUCCGUCCCCACCUUCACCAACGGAGCCUGUGAUAGACAAGAAAGGCAAGAAACGCGCCGACACACCAUCAACUCCGGCUGCCACCAGUUCUUCAGAGACUGAGCAGAAAGCAACGAAUGGAACCCCUGAAAUAGUGAACCCGCUCAUGCCAGAGGAAGAAGACCAGAUUGCAAGCAUCACCACGCGGCUCAACUCGGUCAGAAUGCUCCAGACUCGCAUAUCCCUCCUCCGAGAAUUCAUUCAAUCUCUCCCACCAUCCUAUCUGUUAGAUCAGACAUCAUCUGUCGCGCCCGAUCCUUCCCACCUUCCUCAUUUACGCAAUAUCCAAGCCCUGUUAACUCGCCUGUCACUGCUCACGCCUGUCAGUUCAUCCUCCGCCAUGGAACCCCUCGCCGCCGCCUCACGGGCCCAAUCUAACAACGUCGCGCUAGCAAGUAUGCUCUCUGUGCUCGGACAGGACAUCCAAGCCCUCAGCGAACUUGGUCGGAAGUUUUCCAUAGUGGAGAGUCAUCGAAACUCGAAAGCCGGUAAAAUCGGAGCGGCUGGGGGUGGCGGAGGUGGAGGCCCGGGAAGUUUGGGUUCCAAAAACGGCGGCGGCGGAGCAAGUGGCUUCGGUGGCUUGGAUGAGGGCGAUGGUCGAUUUGGCGGGCUUGCUGGGUUAGCUGGCUCCGGACCUGGGCGUGCCUUGCUUGCGUGA